AUGCUAACCCUUCUAGUUCUCCCACGCACGGUGGACGCUGAUGACAACCCAUUCCGGCCAUCGAAAGACCUUCGAGUUGAGGAUGAGGGAGUCAAAGAGGACAAGAAAAUGCCUCCACCCGCAAAAGCCUCGACUACACCAUCAAAGUCAGGGUUCAGUUUCUCACUUAAGACUGCAGCCAGCAAAGCGAAGCUAGCCGAACAACCACCGACGGUGACUAAAGAGAAAGGGUCAAUCCUUGAACCAAAGGCAAAAGAGGCCACAAGCCGAGAAGCUUCGGUCAAGGGGCCAGACUCUAGAAGCGAGCGUGAUCCACGAGAUCGAGAUGCCGACCGGGACCGAGACCGUGAGCUCGAUCUCGACCGCGAUUACAGGGCUAGUGAACGUCGAUACGAACCAUACGAUAAGCGCGAUGCCUACUACGACCGGAGACCGUAUAGAGAUCCACGUGAAAGGGAUCCUCGCGACCCGCGGGAUUCUCGAGAGACGGCUUACUAUCGUGACAGAGACUAUCGAGAUCCUAGAGAUCGUCAUGAUCCACGCGACCCCCGAGACCGAGACCCGCGCGAUUAUAGAGACCCACGGGAUCUACGCGAUAGCCGUGACUAUCGCGACAUACGCGACCCGCGAGAUAUGAGGGAUGGACGUGUUGAACGAGAACGAAAGGAACUUCCUCCAAAUCCGAAUCUACCCCGCCGGCCAGACUUCCGUCCUGACAGCAGACCUGUCAGCCGACCUGAAAGCCGGACUGAGUUACGGAGAGAUGCUCUUCCUGAAAAACCCUCAAAGCCAGAGAGACCGAGGACGAGGACAAUCAAGAAGACGCGUGUGAAGCCACGACCAACACUUUCGCCCGAUUUCGCUGCCUCAGAUUCCGUAUACUACCGAAAACCAGGAAAUGAGUCUGUGGUUGGAUCUGGGACUUACGGGAAGGUAUUCAAAGGUGUACAUGUGUAUACCAAGGAUAUGGUUGCCCUCAAGAAGAUACGGAUGGAGGGCGAACGCGAUGGGUUCCCGGUUACGGCGAUUCGAGAAAUCAAACUCCUACAGUCUCUCAAUCAUGACAACAUUGUGAAACUCCAAGAAGUCAUGGUCGAGAAGAAUGACUGUUUCAUGGUCUUUGAGUACCUCUCACACGACCUGACUGGCCUUCUGAACCACCCAACGUUCCGGCUUGAACACGCACACAAAAAGGACCUAGCGAAACAACUCUUCGAAGGUCUCGAUUACCUGCACCGCCGAGGCGUAUUACAUCGUGAUAUCAAAGCCGCCAACAUCUUGGUUAGUAACACGGGGCAGCUCAAGCUCGCCGACUUUGGUCUUGCGCGCUUUUAUGCAAAGCGCAGCAAGCUCGACUACACAAACCGUGUUAUCACUAUCUGGUACCGCUCACCCGAGCUGCUCCUCGGCGAGACACAGUACGGCCCCGCCGUCGAUAUCUGGUCUGCCGCGUGCGUCCUUGUCGAAAUCUUCACAAAGCACGCCAUCUUCCCUGGCGAUGGCGGUGAAAUUAAUCAGCUUGAGAAGAUCUAUAACGUACUUGGUACACCAUCAGUGCAGGACUGGCCAGGAAUUACCGAGAUGCAGUGGUUCGAGCUGCUGAGGCCGACCGAGCGCAAACAAAGCACUUUUGAAGAAAAGUACAAAGACCGUGUCACUGAAGCGGCAUUCGAGCUGCUCAGUGCGAUGUUUGUCUUCGACCCUGCACAGCGACCGAGUGCCUCUGACGUCCUCGCACACCCUUAUUUCGUGACGGAGCAGCCCGCGCCCAAGCGCGCUCACGAGCUCAAGGACCUCGAGGGCGACUGGCACGAAUUCGAGAGUAAGGCUCUACGAAAGGAAAAGGAGAAGCAGGACAAGGAAGCCAGGCGGGCGGCGCGCGACGAAGCAUCACGGAAGGAUGAAAAGCGCAAGCUUGAGGAACAGGCAGAUUCGGAGCGUGAACCAAAGCGCAUUAAAAGUAGCGAUGCUAGCGCGUAG